ACAGCCUAAGUAGGACCCACUGAAUAGUUAGCCUAAGUUACAAUUAAGUAACAUGAUGCGAGUGUUGUGUACGAUCUUUGUCAUCGCCGUGGUAGCCUGCAGUGCUGCGCCGGGACCCUCUGAAGAUGAUGGGAGGAUAGAGCUUUUUUCAGGAGUGGCAAUAGAGCGGGAUGCAAAAGGUGAAGAAAAGCUUAAUGUAAAAUUCGAACCAGGAGAACUGCGUGAAGCGGCAAGAACUUUUGAAGAAGCUCGCGGCAAGAUCAAGAAGUACACUCCACUUCUAGCUGGCAUCGGAGUCAAGGUGAUUGCAGUGAUCGGGCUGCUUUUCGGGGCUCUAACAUUACUGGUCACUAAAGCAUUAGUGGUCGCUAAACUAGCCUUCCUAGCUGCAGCUGCGCUUGGCCUACAUAAGUUAUUAAGUGGCGGUGGACUCAAUAACUUAAGCGGAAAGAUCGCAGGUUUCCAGUCAUCACCACAACAAUGGACAUCACCCACAGCGUCUGCAGCAUCCUAUCCUUAUGCUAGAUCUGCGAGUUUAGCCGCCGACGCUAACGAUCUCGCUUACAAAGCACAAAUUAACUCAUAAAAUUCUACACAAUAACAAAACAUACGUUUUUAAAUGAUUAAUUAUAAAUAUGUUUGACUAACUUUCGCCCGCAACUCCGUCCGCGUCUAACUGAAAAAAGUACCUAUGUAUUCUUCAUUUCAUGGAAUUGUUCGUUCCAACUUCCUUCGUUGCAAAUUUCAUGGAAAUCUGUUCAGCCGUUUGGCUACAAACUCUAACAAACAUUUAUCCAU